AUGACACAACCCUCCUCGUCCCAGUCAUUCUGGGCGGAGGCCCUCGAAGUCGCAGAGUCACUCGAGAAGCGCCUAUCACCAGCACCACAACCACCACCAAGUCCAGAUCAUCCUCCUCCUCGGAAGCGUGUUCGGUAUGCACUCUCGCCCGACACCAGUGACGUCGAGCCGAAUGGUGACGAUGACGGUGGCGACAAGGGCGAUCCAUCAUCAUCCUCACCUCCCCAAGACUCGUCAACUACAACUCUCCAGUACCUCCCGGACCAUCGCACGCGGCUCCUAGACGGCGGUGGCCACGACGCUGUACACGACUACCUCGCCGCAGCCGAGUACUCUGGAGUCUCCUUCGGCGACUUUGGCGACUAUAUGCGCAAGAAGGAUAUCAAGAUCCAGACCCAGAACGCGUCCAUCGCAGCUGCAGCAGCGGACCGUGGUCUUGCGCAGAUAUUCGCCAACUUGACCUUUUACAUCAAUGGCAACACGCACCCGCCGAUGGAGGAGCUCCGGCGCAUGAUCCUGCAGCGCGGUGGCAAGUGUAUCCCCUACAUCCGUGCCAAGACGGGUCUCGACUUUAUCAUUGCCCCAGUCCUUACAUUGGCCAAGUUUCGCGAGUUCAAAGCCCACAAGCUCGUCCGCGAGGCGUGGAUAGUGGCCUGUGCCGAGCAGGGCAAGUUGCUCGAUUGGCGACGCUGGCGGUUGCGCGUGGAUGACGGCGAGGCGCGACUGGACGGGUUUGUGAAGGCUGUUGAGAGCGGGGAUGCCAAGGUCGAUACAGCGGACCAGGUUGCAGAGUCACCUCAAGGGCCCACACCGCGGCCAAUGCCCGUGACCACCCAAGCACCUAUCGCUGCCACCCAGAGUCUGUUGCAGCCUGUGCGUGCUGCGGCUCAGCGACCGUCCACCCAACACCCCAACCCUCGAUUGCCUGCCAUUCCUACACGGGUGUCUCACCGGUCUGCCGGCCCUGUUGUCCCACAGCCACAACCUCCCAACGAAUCCAUCCAACAACCUGUGGCCGCGGUCGACGACGCUAGCAAGGAUGAUGCACCGGACGCGGUCGCAGCCGCUGAUCCUGCCAAGGCGAUCAAUACUGCCACUCGACCCGAAGGCGCCUGGGACCACUACUUUGUCCACAAAUCCAACGUCCACGCCGCCGAGCUCAUGAAGUCGGAAGAGUUCCGCGCGCGCCAUACCUCGGAACGCGGCAACGAGGCAGGGUUCAUCGACCAAUUCUUCGAGAACAGUCGUCUUCACCAUCUCUCCACAUGGAAAACCGAGCUGCGAGUUCUCGUUGCAAAGGCCCGCGAUUCGGCACACCGUGUACCAACUGUCCUCGCCCAGGCUGGAGCCAAGCGCGUGUACCUCCAUGUCGAUUUUGACGCCUUUUUUGUGUCGGCGGGUGUCUCCUCCCGCCCGCACCUACGGGGGAAACCCGUGGUGGUAUGCCACUCGUCCAAGGGCGGACGCGACAGCACCUCAGAGGUGGCGAGUGCGAGCUACGAGGCAAGAGCCAAGGGCGUUAAGAACGGCAUGAGUCUCGGCCGGGCACGACAACUUGUUGGCGCUGAACUCGAGACCAUCCCGUACGAGUUUGAGACGUACAGACGCCAUUCGGAGGCGUUCUACACGGUACUACUCGGCUAUGCAGACGAGCUGGAGGCUGUGAGUGUUGACGAGGCGCUUCUGGACGUCACUGGCGCCGUGACUGCCAUCUCUCUCGCUCCAGAAGAGGCAGGCGCGACUAGCAGUGACCCCGCUAUUCAGCUCGGUGACCGCAUCCGCGCCGAUAUCCGCGGCAUCACUGGGUGCGAGGUGUCCAUUGGCAUCUCUCACAACCUCCUCCUAGCGCGUCUGGCUACCAAGAAGGCCAAGCCAGCCGGCAUCUUCCACCUCCGAGCCGAAGAGGCCCCAGCCUUUCUCGCCCCCCUGGAUGUGGACCAGCUGCCGUCUGUGGGUCACUCCACUCGAGCCAAGAUGCAAGAGGCCUUUGGCUCGACCUUGUGCGGGGACCUCCUUGCUCAGAACCGCAGUGUCCUACGCAAAACGCUGGGCCCCAAGACGGGCGAUACGAUCUACAACUUUCUCCGCGGCAAUGACGACCGCCGCCUCCAGCCCGACAAGGAGCGCAAGAGCGUCAGCGCUGAAAUGAACUAUGGUAUCCGGUUCCAGAAUCAAGAUCAAGCAGAUCGAUACGUCGCCGACUUGGGGGCCGAGGUGGCCAAACGUCUCCGUUCUGUCAGCGCCCGCGGGGGGCACAUCACGCUCAAGAUCAUGACACGGCACCCGGACGCGCCUGUCGAGCCGCCCAAGUUUCUCGGACACGGCAAGUGCGAGACUGUCAAUCGCAGUGGAACGUUUGGCAGGCCGACGGACGACGCCGAAACGAUUGGACGCGAGGCUGUGCGCCUCCUCAACGACAUGAACCUCGAUCCCGUCGAGCUCCGUGGAGUCGGUAUCCAGAUCACCAAACUCGAGACUGGCAUGCCGAAAGGCCAAUCCAUGUUGAGCUUUGCUCGUCCCGUGACUGAUAAGGUGGCCAAGGUGGACACGGUGAUCGACGAAGGUGUUGGCGAUGACGGUCCCCUCGGCAACGGCACCGUGUCUGAGGAGCGGUCUGACUCCGAGUGGCUCGCUGGUCUCCCACUGGACAUUCGACAGGAGUUUGAAGAGCAGCACGGAGCCAUGGGUGCUACCAAGCGACGCCAGCCAGAGGAAGCCCCAGCACCACCAAAGGCUACCAAGUCCACCCUCCGCCCUGAAGCACAUAUCACCCGUCAGCUGCGUCCCAAGCUCAAGACCCAGAUGGGGGUCAAGGACAUUGCAGCUCGACCUCUCUACGGCGCCUGGGCGCGAGCAGGCGGGGGUCAGUCGCGGGAUACCAGUCUGGAGCCCGUCAGGCCUCCGAAGCGUACCCGCGAAGACUCGGCAGUGGCCUCUGAAGCCGACUCUGACAUUGAGCUCUUGGACCCCGAGCCCCAGCCCGACGAUAUGCCCGAAUUUGUCGGUGCCUUCAAGACGUCCGACCUGCGAGCCCUCGGCAUCGAUCUCGACUUCAUCUCCGCCCUGCCCGACGACAUGCAGGCCGAGAUUGUCCAGAGUCGGCGCGACGAAGUGCAGCGACAACAGGCAAUGGCCCAGGCGCGGGCACGAACACGUACCCGAGUCUCGGCAUCCAUCUCCCCGUCCCACCGCCGACCAGGCGCUGGCUCGCGCUCGCCAUCGGUCAUGCCGCGGAUCCCGGCGCCGCGCGCGAGCGUCGUCAAGCGCCCGGCCCUCCUCGGUGCGUGCGACACGGCUGAUGUCGCGCAAGUGCUGGCUAAGUGGGUCAAGGAACGACCGUCCCCGGCCAACGAGGACGUGGCGCGCAUCAGCAAGUAUCUCGUAAACAUGGAUAGGGUGCAGCGCGAGGACAGACAGGGGCAGGACGGAGGCGGCAGGCACUGGAUGGCUCGUCACCAGGCCAUGGCUUACGACCGUGCUUAA